GUGUCGGUGGAUGUAAUGGCUCUGAAACGGAUUCAGAAGGAAUUACAGGACUUGCAGCGAGACCCUCCCUCACAAUGCUCAGCAGGACUGGGAGAGGACUUGUUUCAUUGGCAGGCUACAAUAAUGGGACCAGGUGACAGUCCGUAUCAGGGUGGGGUUUUCUUCCUGACUAUUCACUUCCCAACAGACUACCCCUUUAAACCACCGAAGGUUGCCUUCACAACAAAAAUCUAUCAUCCAAACAUCAACAGUAAUGGCAGCAUCUGUCUGGACAUCCUGCGCUCUCAGUGGAGUCCUGCGCUCACAGUGUCUAAAGUGUUGUUAUCCAUAUGCUCCUUGCUGUGUGACCCGAACCCAGAUGACCCUUUAGUUCCGGAUAUUGCACACAUCUACAAAUCAGACAAAGACAAAUACAACAGAAUGGCCCGAGAGUGGACUCAGAAAUAUGCCAUGUAACUUCCUCCGAUUUCACCAGCAGGACUCUGAACGGUUGCACGUGGACGAUUAACGAGGACGUACUGUACCACCUUUAUCACAAAGCGGUGGACUGUUUUUUUUUUUUUUUUUUUUUCCUCUGUUCUCCCCUCUUUUAUUUUUAUUCUUUACAAAGGAAAACCCGUAGCUGAAACCGGAGUCGCGUUACGCAGCCGAACCGUUCACGUUUCCGGUUUACAGAAAACACGACGGAACCCGGAAAACUACGUUAUCAGGCUACUGCUGAUGAGAGGCUCAGGGUAGUCGCAACAGCUAUAACGAGAAGAAAAAAAAAACGUUUUUUUUUGUAUUGUUUUUUUUAACCGGCUCCUGUUUUUUCCCUCUGUUUUAGAUAUUUUAUUAUAUCAUAUUAAAACCAUGUUAUAUUUUUUAUUUUCUAAUUAAUUUUUUUUCUUUCAGUGAAUCUGUGUGUGAACUAACAAGCCGGUUUUUGUCCUUUUAGAUUGUUAUUAAAGGUUUACUGUGCGUGAGGGGGAUGAUGGUAUACUGGGAUGAAGGAAUCUGGAAUAAUUAUUCUGUUCAUGUUAAACUAUACUGGUAUACAUGACCCCAAGGAGAAAAAAAACUAAAAGUGUUGUAAAAUCAGUCUGCCUUUGAAAAAAGGUGAAAAUAAAAAGAAAACUGUAUUUCUACCUUGUUUUGAUAAACGUCUAGUUUUCUCAAAACACCAAA